UUGGAGUUGUUGUCACUAGAGGAAUGCUUCCUGACGGAGGCAACAUGUGAAGAGUUUUAAUCUCCUCUCUGAACUUGUGAAUGGUUGUGUGACCACCUUGGGAGACAAGUCAGAGUUGAGCCAUAGGUGUUUGAUAUAUGAGGCCACUUCCUUUGUUUGCCGGUGCUUACAUGUUUAAGUUUUCUACGGCUGGCAGGCCAGAUUACCCACAGCUGCAGCACAUCAGGCUCAGCAGAGGAACAGCUCGGAUGAGUGGCUGAGGCAGGAGAGUGUUGCCAAAGACCUGGAAACAGAACAGGCCACUGCAGCAUCAGAACUGUGAUCUCAGGACCACAACUCAGUGGUGGAUGACAGAGAUGAAGGCAGGAUGUGGAGAAAGAUUUGACAGAGGAAAAACAGAACUUCCUGAUUUGACUAACAAAGGGCACAAUCUGAUCUAGAGUGUAUGUGGUGGCAGAAAUACAUGGCAGCCUCUCUUCAGGAUAUGCCCGUACAAUACCCUACGCCGAUGUGUGGUCUUUUGAUUCCUUUCCUUCUUAUCCUGAUCCAAGUGUCAUCCUGCACCGUUACAGUCACUGGCUACAUUGGCCAGGAUGUCACUCUGCCCUGCAGUUAUGAUGUCCAAGCUAACGGAGUCCUCAGUUUCUGCUGGGGACACGGGCAGGUGCCCCGAUCCAAAUGUAGCAACACAAUCCUCUUGUCGGAUAAUGGGAAUGUGACUUUCAGAGAGUCCCCCAGGUACCAGCUGCUGAGCCAGGUCAUGCAGGGUGACGUUUCCUUGACCAUCGUUAAAGCUCAGAAAAUUGAUUCUGGGGUUUACGGCUGCAGAGUGGAGAUUCCUGGCUGGUUCAACGACCAAAAGAUCAACGUACACCUGACCAUGGAAGAAGCUCCUAUGGAAGAACUUGACAUCCAAAGCUCAACAGACUGUGACACUGUGACAGUAAGCAAAGCCCUCUUAGAAGCAGAGAACAUUGGAAGGAUUGCAGUUAUUUUCUUCCUCACCAUAAUCCUAAUCCUCAUCCUCAUCAUCAGGAGGAAGGUCCUGAUGGGGAGGACGACACCUCAGAAGCUCAACACCAUCACAGCUGAAAAUAUUUACGAGACCAUCCCAAUGACUAAAUGAUGCUCUGCAGGUUUCUACUGACCUUAAGGCAGUGUUUCUCAAUUCUGGUCCUCACGCCCCCUGCCUGCAUGUUUUAGGCGUUUCCCUUCUGCCACACGCCUGGA